CUUGAACCCCUGCCGCCCCAGCCAUCCCACCAUCCAACCCGCACCUGCGCGACCCCUGCGACAUCAGAUGCGGCGACCCUCGUGCCUUCAUAACUAAACGGCUGCAGCUCGAACCAGGUGCCCCUGUUCGGCCCAGCCAACAGAGAAGUGCAAGACUAGGAGGUACGUACCUCCGUGCCGCUCCCGCAGGAUCACCAUGCUGGUGGAGGCUUGUCUUCCUCUCCACGCUUCACUCCAUGGGGUUGUUGGGAUCUCUCCCAUUUGCACAUCUGCCGUGGAAACGUCUUGUCCGUCUUCUCGGCUGUGCUUAGCCGUCCCAAACGAGUGUUUGCGUCGACAAAGGUACCGCUACCUAAAACACAAGGGGUCGCAAGCCCCUCUGCCCUGCCUUGCGCGUCGACGUAUCUGCUGUGCGGAGGAUGAACGUACCAGUCGUACACAACAUCCUUCCCCAGGCUCUCUUUCCUCUGGCCACUUCCCCUGCUCCUGGCGCUCAACCGCACCCAUCCCGGUCAUCUUCCGGGCUGCAGUCGAGCAAGCCAUGGCUAGCCUCUUUAGACCUUGGGACCGCAACCCUGCCGUCUCCACGAGUCUGCCUUGUUCAUAUCGGGGAAGAUAUAAGGAUUGACCACCCCGCCGACUUCAACACCGACUUCGACACUCCAGCGAGCCUGUCUUGCAUACCAUCACCAAUUCUCUCCCACCCCUCUCCUUCUUUGGCU